AAGACCUUGAAAAGAAUGAAAGUUAAGAUUGUUACCAUUUACAUCCAAUUGAUGAAAUUAAUCUUCAGUUAAUUACACGAAUAAGAAAGUUGAUCAAUUAACCUUUUUCACGUUCAUAUAAAAGACAAUCGAUUCAUCCAUUUAAUUUUAAUUCUCCGCAAUCAAAGACUUUGUUUUGUUCAUCUUUUCCUCUCUCCAAUUGAUUGUCUCAAUUUUCACGGAGAAAAAGUCAUGAUGAUUUUAAGCCGAUUCUCUUUAUCAAAACAGUUAAUUUCUUGCAAUAAUUUACGAUUUAUUUCCUAUUCAAGAUUUAAUUCAAUUCCAUUGACCUCUAGUCAUUCCAAUUUCUCACAAUCAACAAACCAGCGAAGAUUCAAUUCAUCCAAAUCAUCAACUUUCAUUCUUCACCCAUACUCAUAUGCUUAUGGUGUUUCUCCAGCUAAUCUAGAAUAUUAUUCCAUUGGUGAUGCUCUACAAUUAAGUUCUGAUCAACGUAAUUCCCAACCUGCGAUAAUUAGUGGCCAUCAGAAAAUAGUUAAAUCAUUUGGUGAUCUAAAUAAGGAAGUUAAUCAACUGGUUGAUUCAUUUGAUUCUGUCCUUGGAUUGACUAAAGGUGAUGUUGUCUCUUUGUGGUCAUCAAAUUGUUAUGAAUGGAUAUUAAUUCAAUUGGCUUGUGCUCGCUAUGGAUUAAUUUUGUGUACCCUUAAUCCAGUUUACAAAUUACCCGAACUGGAAUAUGCUCUUGCCAAGUCGGGGGCCAAAGUUUUAUUCGUACCUGGUCAGUCUUCCCAACAAACGGUGGUCAAUGAUUUCGCCAACAUAGCGAGUAAAUUGAAUAGGAAAACUAAUCCAACUCUUGAGAAAUUGGUUCAAAUGGAUGGAGACAAUUUAACUUCAUUAGAAUUUGACAAAUUCCCUUUAAAUCAAUUGUUAUCAUCGAGUGAUGGAUCAACUACAACUUCAUUAAGAGUCAAUAGUGAUGAUCCAGCGAUCAUCAUGUUCACUUCGGGAACAACCGGUAAACCUAAAGGAGCCUUAUUAUCACAUUGUAAUCUAAUCAACAAUGCACAAUUAACUGCUCGAAGACUUGGUCUUGAUGAACCAGGAACUGUUGCCGCUAUUCCAGUUCCUCUUUUCCACAUCUUCGGUCUUGUCUAUGGGAUCACAAUGAUGGCCCGAAUGGGAAUCACAAUCACUCUUUCUGGUUAUCGUUACAAUGUUAAGAGUUUGGUUGAGACAAUUAAUGAAAAUAACUGUUCCCAUGCAAUGAUUGUUCCAGCGAUGACGAUUGAUUUAAUCAAUUAUCUAGAGAAAAACAACAUCACUAUGCCUUCACUUAAAACCGUGAUCACCGGUUCAGCUCCAACCACCGUUGAAACUGUUCAUAGAUUCUUGAAAGUAAAUCCUCACACUGAGAAUUACCUUAUUCGUUAUGGAUCCACAGAAACUGGUGGAUGUAUGACGAUGCCUCACCGUGGAGAUAAACCCGAUGUAACUAAGGAUAAUGUUGGCACCCCUUUGGAAAUGACUGAGGUUAAAAUUGUUGAUCGAAAAACUGGAAAUAUCACCAAAAUCGGUGAACAAGGUGAACUUUAUGUUAGAGGUCAUCAUGUUAUGUUGGGCUAUUGGAAAGACGAUGAGAAAACAAAGGAAACAAUUACAAAUUCAAAUUGGUUCAUCUCCGGUGAUAUCGCCACAAUGGACGAAAAUGGUUAUGUAAGAUUAGUCGGACGAGCCAAAGAAUUGAUCAUUCGUGGAGGUGAAAAUGUUUACCCAAAGGAGAUUGAAGAGUUACUUCAUCAACAUCCACUGUCCUUGAAGCAUUUGUCAGUUUGUGGUGUUCCGGAUGAGCGAAUGGGGGAAGAAAUUUGUGCUUGGGUUAAGCUGAAAGACGCUGAGGGUGCAAAAGAUUUGACGGUCGAUGAAAUAAGAAAAUUCUGUAAAGAAAAGAUUUCUUAUUUCAAAGUUCCUAAAUAUGUACUAUUCGUCGGAUUUCCUCGAACUCCAACUGGAAAAGCUCAAAAAUUCAUGAUGACAGAGAAAUCGAUUGAAAUAUUUGGACUUUCUUCGAAAUGAUUAACUUAUUUCAAUAAACGGGAUCCAUUCGAUUGUUAUUGAUGUAAAAGUUAUGCAUGAUUCUAAUCAAUUAUUUCUUUAAAUAUAAGUAAUGAACUAAGUUAAUAAAUGUAUCAAUACUUUAAAGAU